AAUUCACCUUGUAAAUGAGCUGGGGGCACUCCUCCCGUCUCCGACGAUCUCUCCUAUAUAAGCGCCCGCCUCGCUCUCCCUUCUCCGACCACGCCAUCCUUGCUUCCAACUAAUCCCCCUUCCUCACGCUCUCACUGCUCCCGCACCACCUCGCCGCCGCCACCGCCGGCGUCUUCUCCUCCCUUCUUCCACCGCCACCGCCGCCGUCGACGAUGACGCUGACGAUCCCGGAAGACGUGCGCGCCAAGGCGGAGAUCUACGUGGGCGACGCGGCGGGGCAGGAGAAGACGCGGCUGCUGCUGCAGGAGACGGGGCUCCCCAGCGGCCUCCUCCCGCUCCAGGACAUCAUCGAGUGCGGCUACGUGGAGGAGACCGGCUUCGUGUGGCUCAAGCAGCGCCGCAAGGUGGACCACUACUUCGCCAGGGCCGGCCGCCACGUCUCGUACGGUGCCGAGGUGUCGGCGGUGGCGGAGAAGGGCCGCCUCAAGAAGAUCACCGGCGUCAAGGCCAAGGAGAUGCUCAUCUGGGUCACGCUCCACGAGAUCUGCGUCGACGACCCGCCGCAGGGGAAGCUCUACUGCAAGGCCAUCGGGGGCCUGUCCAGGAGCUUCCCCGUCGAGGCCUUCGAGGCCGACGGCCCGCCGCCGCCGCCCGCCGCGGCGCCCAGGGCGGUCCAGGUCGCCGCCAACGGCAACGGCAACGGCGCUGCGGCUAAGGAGGAGAAGGUGGGCGCCGGGGAGGAGGCCUCGAAGAAAAAGGAAGAGGGGGCCAAGGAGGAGGCCCCCGCCGCCGCCGGGGGAGAGAAGAAGAACGAGGAGGCGGCGGAGGAGAAGAAGGGCGACACUGCUGCGGCCAUUGACAAGGUCGAGGAGAAGCUCAAGGAGAUGAGCACGGAGGUGGCGCACAAGCACGCCGACGCGGUGGCCGCCAAGAACUGAUGAUACCCUAUCCGCCUGUGCGCCCGUCGCCACCGCGGCCAUGGCCGCCGGCCAUUUACUACUACCGCCCGCCACUGUUCCCAGCUACGAGCUACCACCACCACGUCAGAGGAAAAGAAAACGAAAAAGGAGAAGACCUGUGGUUCUGCCGUCCGGCCGUCAGAGACGACGACGACGAACCGGGGCAAGAUUGGGGGACCUAGCUCGCUCCAGCUCCAUUACUUCCGACCACCACCUCUGUUCGAUUUCGUUCCCAAUAAUCCACGCACGCAUGUACCGUCCGUCUUGAUUUCCCUGCCGUUAUAAAAAAAACCAAAAGUACUAUGUAUGUAUC